AUGAGGGAGAUUGUCAGUUUGCAAAUAGGACAAUGCGGAAACCAAAUUGGUGAAAUGUUCUGGACUGUCUUCAGUGACGAGCAUGGGAUUGAUCCUACAGGCAAUUACAAUGGCAACAGUGAUCUUCAACUACACAGAAUUAAUGUAUAUUACAAUGAAGCUACAGGUGAGCUAUUUCAAGGUGGCAGAUAUGUCCACCGUACUGUAUUAGUGGAUUUGGAGUCGGGUACCAUGGACUCCGUGAGGUCUGGACCUUUUGGGCAAAUUUUCAGGCCUGACAACCUUGUUUUCGGCCUGAGUAGUGCUAGCAAUUACUGGGCCAAGGGCCACUACACAGAAGGUGCUGAGCUGGUGGACUCUGUCCUGGAUGUGGUGCGGAGGGAGGCAGAGAGCUGCGACUGCCUCCAGGGCUUCCAGCUCACCCACUCACUGGGUGGUGGUACUGGCUCAGGCAUGGGCACCCUGCUCAUCAGCAAAAUCCGUGAGGGGUACCCUGACCGCAUUAUAAAUACCUUCAGCGUUGUCCCCUCACCCAAAGUCUCAGAUGUAGCGGUGGAGCCUUAUAAUGCCACACUGUCGGUCCACCAGCUGGUACAGAACACGGACGAGACGUUCUGCGUAGACAACAAAGCCCUGUUUAACAUCUGUUCCCACACCCUCAAGCUCAGAACACCAAACUACAGUGACCUGAACAACUUGGUCUCUCACACCAUGAGUGGAGUCACAACAUGUCUGAGGUUCCCUGGGCAGCUCAAUGCUGACCUGCGCAAACUGGCUGUCAACAUGGUGCCAUUUGCCCGUAUGCACUUCUUCAUUCCUGGUCUUGCUCCACUGACUAGCACGGAUAGCCAGCCAUACCGUGCUCUCACUGUGCCUGAAUUAAUCCGGCAGAUGUUCGAUGCCAAGAACAUGAUGGUUGCUUGCGACCCACGCCACGGCCGGUACCUCACGGCGGCUGCCAUUUUCCGUGGCAGCGUGUCCACAAGUGAUGUGGAAAUGGGGAUGUUCGAUGUGCAGAACAGAUAUAGCAGAAACUUCGGUGACUGGAUCCCCAACAACAUGAUGACAGCUGUGUGUGACAUCCCUCCCCAUGGCGUGAAGAUGGCCGCCACCUUCACUGCGAACAACACCGCUAUCCAGGAGCUGUUCAUUCGCCUCUCUACACAGUUCAUGGCCAUGUUCAGAGGCAGGAGAUUCCUGCACUGGUACACAGCUGAGGGUAUGGAUGAAAUGGAGUUCACAGAGGCUGAGAGCAACAUGGCCGACCUAGUAUCAGAGUAUCAGGCAUACCAGGAUGCAACUGGUGACGAUGAAGGAGAGUUUGAGGAGGAGGAAGAGGAGGAGGGAGAGGAGGAGCUGCCUUAAAUAUAUUGUCAGUCAUUUUUUCCAUGUUCUGUUCACAUGUUUACUUUUUUCUGUUCACGUUUGUUUGUUUUUCCAUGUUCUUCUGUUCCUUUCUUCCCUGUUUGAGUUGUUUGUCAAGUUGUUUCUCAGAUUUUGUUCCUCAUUUUGUUCCUUCCAACUUUGUUCAAUACAAUUAAAACAUGCGAUUAAUAAUCAUGGUCUCAGGGUAUUUCUUGCAGUGAAUCUUAAUAAAAUUCUUAUUUUCCUAUUAAAACCAAUAUGGUUCUGUUAUAAGGGUAGGUUUGUUGACUUGGCCUUUGCUAACU